AUGUCUGCUGCGUUCAUUCAUUAUUUUCAUCAUAUUCCAUUCAACAUCACCAUGAAUUUUUGUCUACCAACAUUUGUUCCAAUGUUGGGAUUGUUGGUCGUGUUAUCUUCAUGCUUUGUCCUUUCGUUGGAAAUCAAGUACUACCCAGUUGAACGUGAUGCUUUGCUGCAGCUGAGGGAUUCAAUGAUCUCUCCUGCAAAUCUUCAUAGACUCUGGACAGGACCUCCAUGUUUUAACAAUGAGAGCAGAUGGGCUGGAGUUGCUUGCUCAGGUGGCCACGUUGUUUGCCUUGUGCUUGAAGGUAUUCUGCUCACAGGUUCCCUUCCACCUUCAUUUCUUCAGAACCUUGCUUUCUUGACCAAAGUCAGCUUCAGAAACAAUUCCAUCCAUGGCAAUCUUCCUAGCCUUACCAAUCUCACCCACUUGGAGUUUGUCUUUCUCUCUUAUAAUCGCUUCUCAGGUUCAAUCCCAUUUGAGUACGUUCAAUUGCCAAACUUGGAGAAGCUUGAGCUACAGGAUAAUUAUAUUGAUGGCAAUAUUCCUCCUUUUGCUCAACCAACACUGGUCGCUUUCAAUGUCUCUUAUAAUCAUCUUGAAGGCCCUAUUCCAAAGACCAGUGUUCUUCAGGGGUUUCCAAAGAGCUCCUAUGACUAUAACUCAAAUCUUUGUGGCAGUCCCUCAGAGAAUCCAUGUCCACCUCCUCCUCCUCCUCCUCCUCCUCCUCCAAUAAUUGUUGUACCACCAUCUCCUUUGCCUUCUCCACCCCAGAGCAUUAACAAGAAGCGCCUCCAAGUAUGGAGUGUGGUUCUGAUUGCUGUUGCAGCAGCUGUGGUUCCCUUUCUGGUAAUUCUUGUAUUCUUGUGUUAUUAUAAGAAAAUGCCUGAAAAAGAGGCAUCCAAAAGGCAGCAGUCAGGAGAAGCCUCAGAAGACAAGAAAAUGCCUAGUUUUUUAAGCACAGUAGAUCCAGAGAGAGGAGUGGAUUUGGAGUUCUUCGACAAGAAUAUACCUGUCUUUGACUUGGAUGAUUUGCUAAGAGCAUCUGCAGAAGUCUUAGGGAAAGGAAAAUUAGGCACCACCUACAAAGCAACACUCGAAUCAGGUGCUGCUGUCGUUGUGAAGAGACUGACGAAUAUGAGCUUUCGAUUAACCAAGAAAGAAUUCAUCCAGCAAAUGCAUCUGCUAGGAAAGAUGAGGCAUGAAAACCUAGUGCAGAUCAUCUCUUUCUAUUAUUCCAAGAAGGAAAAGCUUGUCAUCUAUGAGUUUGUACCUAAUGGAAACCUCUUUGAGCUUCUGCAUGAGAAUAGAGAAGCUGGAAGAGUGCCUUUGAAUUGGGCUUCAAGAUUAUCUAUCAUCAAAGAGAUUGCAAAGGGUCUAGCAUUCCUUCACCAGUCCUUGGCUUCUCAUAAGGUACCUCAUGCCCAUCUCAAGUCCUCAAACGUAAUCAUCAAUCGCCAUGACCAAAGUGUGCAUUCUAAGCUCACUAACUUCGGGUUCCUACCACUUCUGCCCUCAAGAAAAUCCUCUGACAUACUAGCCGUGGGACGGUCGCCAGAGUUCUGUCAGGGGAAGAAGCUGACACCCAAAGCAGAUGUAUAUUGCUUUGGGAUUAUCUUACUAGAGGUCAUAACUGGGAGGAUCCCAGGUGAGAUUUAUCCUGGAAAUGACGAGAGAACUGGUGAUCUAUCUGAUUGGUUUAGAACUGCAGUGAUUAAUGAUUGGUCAACAGAUAUAUUGGAUGUAGAAAUACUGGCAGCGAAGGAAGAUCAUGAUAAAAUGCUGAAGCUCGCAGAGAUUGCUCUGGAGUGUACUGAUAUGGCACCUGAGAAAAGACCAAAUAUGAGCCAAGUGUUGAGAAGAAUAGAAGAGAUCGAGGGAAGAAACUGA